CUUGGUUUCAGGUUGCAUUUGAGCCAGGAUGAAGGUCAUUACUGUCCUUGCCCUGUUGGUGACCCUGUUCCACCAGGGAUUCAGCAACAGUCUGGACUCAUGUGAGGGUCGCUGUGGUUAUGGCACAGACAAUGAUUUCUCCUGUCAGUGUAACCCUUCCUGUGAGCGUUACGGAGACUGCUGCUCUGACUACACUGAGGUCUGUAAAGCUGGAGCCACAUCUUGCAAAGGCAGAUGUGAUGAAGACUAUGACCAUGAGAACGAGUGCCACUGCAACUCCAAGUGCAGCCAGUAUGGCAACUGCUGCAGCGACUAUACAGAGUUCUGUGACGGUGAUGGAGGUGGUUCAAUCACUGACGCUGAGAUCAAGGCUAUCUCUGAAACCCUCUAUGCUCUGGACUCAAACAAAGCUUCAGCCUCACAGCUGAUCAUUGACCCUCAGGCUCUGGUUCAUGACUCUCAGACCAGCUCUCAGUCUGAUCGCUCCCCCAGACCGCUGUUCACAUACCUGGAUGAGCAAACUCUGUUUUCCAGACCCACGUAUGCCGCUCUGCUGGCUGUGCUGGACAACUACAACAGGAUGACAGGACAGACAGAGGACUGGAGUCCUCAGCAGCUGGCUGAGCAGGACACCUUCCUGAAGGAGACCAUGUCCAACACUGAGCUGGGCAGGGAGCUGUAUGCUUUCCUCUACACCAAGGGUGUUUAUGCAUCAGAGGAAGAGUUCAUUUAUGAUCUGAAGAUGAUGUGGUUUGGUCUCUACUCCCGCAAUAACAACAAGAUGGACUCCAGUGGAUUUGAACACAUCUUUGCAGGUGAGGUCAAGGGAGGAAAGGUGUCUGGUUUCCACAACUGGAUCCAGUUUUAUCUUCUGGAGAAAAGAGGAAAGCUGAACUACUACAGCCACAGCUUCAAUGGGCCUUGGACCACCUACCCUGACGUCAUGGGGAUGCAGUUCAUGUGGGACGGCUACUACAAGCAGGUGGGCUCUGCAGUGAUUGGCUGCAGCCCUGAGUUUGACUUUGCUUUGUACAGCCUUUGUUACAUCACUCGGCCUGGAAAACAGUGUCGACUGAGUCUGGGAGGAAAGGAGCUCAUAAUCCAGACGUACACUUGGAAUAAUUCAUCAUAUGGUGAUGGGAAGAAGUACAUCGGCUCUGCUUUCCCUGCAACCCCCCGAAACUAAAGUUACAUAGAAAUAUACAAAGGAAAAAAAACUGAAAAUAUUUUUUUAAUUCUUAAAAUGUUUCAAUGAAGCAGCCCUUAAUAAUCUGAAACAGGAGAAUAAAUCUUAC